GGGCCAACCUCAGGGGCUAGUAGAAUUGCAAGCCGUCCAGGACCAUGUUUAUCUGAGGAAUAGCGUGCUCGAGCAUCGGAGUUGAAGCGACAUUAGCCAUGACUCACAUGGCGCUGGAGGUGAAGGAGAGCCUGGAGGACCGCUGCAACCGCAUCCUGAGGAAUAUGGAGUCAUCCCUUACAGCCCGGGAUCGUGUUGGCAUCCAGGAUUUGGUUCUGUUGGACGCCUAUACCAGUGAGACUGCUUUACUGGACAACCUGAGGAAGCGCUUCCAUGAGAACCUCAUUUACACUUAUAUUGGCACUCUGCUGGUCUCGCUCAACCCGUAUAAGGAGUUGGACAUGUACAGUAAGAAGCAAAUGGACAACUACAUGGGCGUCAACUUCUUUGAGCUUCCGCCUCACAUAUAUGCUUUAGCAGACAAUGUCUUCCGCGCCAUGAUGUCGGAGUACAACAACCACUUCAUUCUGAUCUCUGGAGAGAGCGGCGCCGGCAAGACGGAGGCCUCCAAGAAAAUUCUUCAUUACUACGCCGUCAGCUGCCCCAGUACCAAAAUCCUAAACGACGUCAGAGACAGGCUACUGGUGUCUAACCCCGUUCUUGAAGCUUUCGGAAAUGCCAAAACCCUGAAGAACGACAAUUCCAGUCGCUUUGGGAAGUACAUGGACAUCCAGUUUGAGCACCAGGGUGGGGCGGUGGGCGGCCACAUCCUCAGCUACCUGCUCGAGAAAUCACGGGUGGUCCAUCAGAAUCACGGCGAACGGAACUUCCACAUUUUCUACCAGCUGGUGGAAGGCGGGGAGGAAGAUCUGCUACGCUGGCUCGGCCUGGAGAGGAACUGCCAACAUUAUAAGUACCUGUUUCAGGGCGACUGUGCCAAAGUAAGCUCCAUCAACGACAAAAACGACUGGAAGACUGUGUGCAAAGCUCUCUCUGUCAUUGAUUUCAGCAAAAGUGAAACCGAGCACCUAUUUGGGAUCAUUGCUAGCGUUCUCCACUUGGGCAACAUUAAGUUUGAAGCGGAUGCUCGAGGAUAUGCUAGUCUCAAUCAUAGCCAGGAAAUACACUGGCUUUCUAAGUUACUUGGGAUUCCCGGUCAGGUUCUGCAACAUGGCUUAACCCACCGCAAGAUUGAAGCCAAAACAGAGGAAGUGUUCAGUCCCUUCUCAGUGGAGCACGCCAUGUAUGCCAGGGAUGCCCUUGCCAAAGCCGUCUAUGGACGGACCUUCAACUGGCUGGUCAACAAGAUCAAUGAGUCAUUAGCAAACAUGGAUUCCUCCAGGAAGACCGUCAUUGGGCUAUUGGACAUUUAUGGAUUUGAGGUUUUCAACGUGAACAGCUUUGAACAGUUCUGCAUCAACUACUGCAACGAGAAGCUGCAGCAGCUUUUCAUCCAGCUGACGCUCAAGUCGGAGCAGGAGGAGUACGAGACGGAAGGCAUCGAGUGGGAGCCAGUGCCAUAUUUCAAUAAUAAGAUCAUCUGUGACCUGGUGGAAGAGAAGCACAGAGGCAUCAUCUCAUUAUUGGACGAGGAAUGUUUACGUCCCGGGGAGGCCUCCGACUUCACUCUCCUGGAAAAAAUGGAAGAAAAGAUUGGCGGCCACCCUCAUUUUCUCACCCACAAACUUGCGGACCAGAAAACGCGGAAAACUCUGAAGAGAGGAGACUUCCGCCUCUUGCACUACGCUGGAGAUGUGACUUACUGUGUAGUAGGAUUUCUGGAUAAAAACAACGAUCUCCUCUAUAAAAAUGGAAAAGAGGUGAUGCAACAGUCCAACAAUGGCAUCAUCAAAUACUGUUUUCCUCCGAGUGAGCCGGACCGGAAGAAGAGACCUGAAACUGUGGUGACUCAGUUUAAGAGCAGCCUGGCAGGCCUGACCGAGAUCCUCAGCACCAAAGAGGCCUGGUAUGUGCGAUGCAUCAAACCCAAUGACGCCAAACAGCCAGGACGCUUUGAUGAUGUACUGGUGAGACAUCAGGUGAAGUACUUGGGCUUGAUGGAGCACCUGAGGGUACGGCGUGCUGGCUUCGCAUACCGCCGGAAAUACCAGGCCUUCCUCCAGAGGUACAAGCCUCUUUGUCCCGAUACAUGGCCUAACUGGAAAGGCUCUGCGGCAGAAGGUGUGCAGAUUCUUAUAAAGCACUUGGGAUACAAACCUGACGAGUACAAGAUGGGCCGGAGCAAAAUCUUUAUCCGCCACCCAAGAACUUUAUUUGCCACAGAAGAUGCCUUUCAAGUGUGUAAGCAUAAACUUGCAACAAGGAUUCAAGCCAAGUACAAAGGCUACAGAGUCAAAGGCGACUACCAGAAGCAGAAAGAAGCUGCAACCAAGAUUGAGAACUGCUGGAGAGGUCUGAAGGCCCGAAAGGAGCGGGAAAAGCGGGAGUGGGCUGUCAGAAUCAUCAAGAGGUUUAUAAAAGGCUUCAUGACCAGAAAUGAGCCCAACGGUGCAGACAACAGGGAGUACUUGGCCUAUGUGAGGCAGACCUACUUGACCCGCUUGAAGGAGAACCUUCCAGAAACUGUUCUUCAGAAGGACUCUUGGCUUACACCUCCACCCAUCAUGAAAGAGGCAUCCCUGUUCCUAAAACAACUUUUCAUCCGGCACAUGGUCCGCAAAUAUGUGCAAGGUAUUACUGAGGAGAGGAAAGCGCAACUUUUAUUGAAAGCCCAGACAAGCUCCAUGUUCAAGGGAAAGAAGGAGAACUAUGCGUUCAGUGUGUGCUUACCCUUUGUGGACACCAGGAUAGGUAUAAAAGACAUGAAUAUGAAAGUGCUGCAGAUGAUUCAACAUGAGAACAUUAAGUACAGCGUUCCGGUGGUGAAGUACGACCGCAAUGGCUUUCGGCCCCGUCCUCGGCAACUGGUCUUCACUCGGGAAGCCGCCUACCUGGUGGAGGAAGCCAAGAUCAAGCAGAGGAUCCAUUAUGGCUCACUCAAAGGAGUUUCUGUGAGCAACCUGAGUGACAACUUCCUGAUUCUCCAUGUUACAUGUGAUGACAUCAAACAGAAGGGCGAUCUUGUUCUGCAGUGUGACUUCCUGUUUGAGGCCCUGACCAAGCUCACCACAAUUAUUGACAAAAGUGAAGUUAUCCGGGUGGUCCAGGGCAGUGUGCGAUUCGACAUUCAGCCGGGCAGAGAAGGCGUGGUCGACUUCAGGAGUGGGCAGGAGUCUGUGGUCUACAGGGCCAAAAAUGGACAUUUGACGGUGGAAUCCACAAGCACCAAAUCCAGAUGAUUCAGGACACAGCUGCUCACUAACCCUGCAACAGCCAUGCUGGUUUAAGAUUAUUUUGCCAAUUUUUAGUGAAGAAACGACUAGUAGACUCCUAGCAAAUAAAUAUGAAAAAUUAGACUUUAGUAAUAUACAGUAGCAUUGUCUAAAAUUUGUCCUUGUCUGAAAUUGUCACCAUGUGGGAUUAUUUGUAAUAUAUGGGAAGUGUUUUGCUGCCUCCUAGUGGACGUCUGUGCGCUCUCAUUCACAUCACUCAAAUACUUCAGCACAAAAUAUACUGUUUUUUUUUUCACUUUUCUUUCUUUUUUUUAAGGCGCUAUUAAGACAAUGGACUUCUUUGACUCAUUAGUAAAUUAACUCGGUGUUAACUCCCACCUCCAGCCCUAAAAAAUAGCACAGAGCAGGGAUAGACCCUUACCACAGGCGGAGUUUGACUUUUGGGGCAGGGGGGGCACAACAUGUUAAUGACCCAAAAACGCAGUGUCAGCAAUAAAAUUGACUUAAAAGAAUAUUUAUAAUAAUAAGUUGACAAUGAGCGUUUUUUGUUUCCCAUCAAUCUUGAGGGGAAUUCUAAAUCAGGCUGUUUAGGCAGUACUUUUCGCCAAGAACGUCAUCCAUUGAAUUUGGUACGCCCGCGGGUGUCGUGCCAAUGUGGUUACCCCAGUCAAAAAUUGUAUCCCCUGGGUGAAGCCCAAUGGAGGUAGAUUUGUGUCUUUAUUAUUCAAUCAAAAAAAAAAAGUGUUUGAAUGCAAAAAUUAAUUUGAAACUCAAAAAAAAUGCAUGUGAAAGCA